CUAACUCACGCAUCACGCAUGUCGCAUUAAUAGGAUAGGAAGUUAGGGACAAAUAAAAAUCAAAUUUUGCGCCACCCAUUUCAAACGGCCGACGAAUUCAAUUCCCCAAAUCGGGAAUUCUUGAGAAGGGCCGACGUCUGCCAUGGCGUUCGCAGCCGUAGCUUCUUCUCCGUCCUCUCUUUCUCUCUUCCCCACCGGCCGCAGCAGCAGCUGGACGUCUAUCCACAAGCUCAACAAUGGCUCCUGCGCCAAAAAGACCUACAGUCUCACAGUCAAAUCCUCACUGGAUGACAAAACCCCUAAAUCGACCGCCGAUAAGCAGAGCUCCUGGGUCAGUCCCGACUGGCUCACUUCCCUGACUCGGUCCCUAACUCUCGGUGGCAGAAACGACGAUUCCGGCAUCCCCGUAGCCAGCGCGAAGCUAGAGGACGUUAGCGACCUCCUCGGCGGAGCUCUCUUCCUUCCUUUGUUCAAAUGGAUGAACGAGUACGGACCCAUUUACCGUCUGGCCGCCGGCCCCCGGAAUUUCGUGAUUGUUAGUGACCCGGAGAUAGCCAAACACGUUUUGAGGAAUUACGGUACUAAGUAUGCGAAGGGGCUCGUAGCUGAGGUCUCCGAGUUCCUCUUUGGGUCCGGUUUCGCCAUUGCCGAAGGCCAGUUGUGGACGGCGAGGCGGAGGGCGGUGGUUCCAUCGCUGCACAAGAGGUAUCUAUCUGUGAUUGUCGACAAGGUGUUCUGCAAAUGUGCUCAGAGAAUGGUGGACAAGCUACAAGCUGAUGCUAUAAGUGGCAAUGGUGUCAACAUGGAAGCCAAGUUCUCCCAGUUGACUCUCGAUGUAAUUGGGUUGUCAGUGUUUAACUAUAACUUCGACUCUCUGAAUACUGAUAGCCCAGUGAUAGAUGCUGUCUACACUGCUCUGAAAGAAGCAGAAGCUCGUUCCACUGAUCUGUUGCCAUAUUGGAAGAUUAAGCCUCUGUGUAAGGUGAUACCAAGACAAGUGAAAGCUGAAAGAGCUGUUACUGUUAUAAGGCAAACUGUGGAAGAGCUGAUCGCGAAGUGUAAAGAAAUUGUGGAAAGUGAGGGUGAGAGGAUAGAUGGGGAGGAAUAUAUUAAUGAUGCUGAUCCGAGCAUUCUUCGGUUUUUGCUUGCUAGCAGAGAAGAGGUUUCGAGUGUACAAUUACGAGAUGAUCUCUUAUCAAUGUUAGUUGCUGGACAUGAGACAACAGGAUCAGUAUUGACCUGGACAUUGUACCUUCUGAGCAAGGACUCUUCUUCAUUGACGAAGGCACAACAAGAGGUCGAUCAAGUAUUAGAAGGAAGACCGCCUACCUAUGAAGAUGUAAAGAAUCUAAAGUUUUUGAUGCUCUGCAUACUUGAGUCUAUGCGCCUCUAUCCACAUCCUCCUGUACUACUGAGACGGGCUGAAGUUCCUGAUGUGCUUCCAGGCGAUUACAAGGUCAAUCCUGGUCAAGACAUGAUGAUUUCAGUGUAUAAUAUCCAUCAUUCCUCUAAGGUGUGGGAUAGAGCAGAAGAGUUCAUCCCAGAGAGAUUCGGCACAGAAGGCCCUUUACCAAAUGAAUCAAACACAGAUUACAGGUUCAUUCCAUUCAGUGGAGGACCGCGUAAAUGUGUUGGUGACCAGUUUGCUCUACUGGAAGCCAUCGUUGCCCUUACGAUCUUCCUCCAAAACAUGGAUUUCAAGCUUGUCCCAGAUCAGAAAAUCAACAUGACCACCGGAGCAACUAUACACACCACUAACGGAUUGUACAUGAAACUCAGCCAGAGGCAAAGUAAGCAAGCAUCGUUAGCUUCAUCAUCAUCUUCUUCUUCAAGGUAAAUCACAGAAUUGUACAUAAUAUACUCUACUCAUAUCUAUACCUGUAAGCGUGGUAGUUCGCUGAAACUGGAGAUGCAUUCCUGCCAUUUGUCUCUUCCUGAUCGAUCAUAAGUGAUCAAAGGAAGAACUUCCUAUAUGAUUCUCUUCGAUAAGUAGUAGCAUCAUUGAGUUUUGCUUGCCUAGUAGCCACUAGUGCUCUGAAGCUCAUUGAGUGAGGAGUUGCUUUCUUGCGGCAUUAGAAUCUCUGGUGAGUUCCUUCACCUUCCGAAUUGGAAGAAUGAAGAAUCAAUCCCCUGCCCCUCUGCAAUCUCCGGUGGCCUAGGCGAUCUCUCGUUGCCAUCAACGGCAGCAAUGUAGCUCCUUCUGGAUCGCUUUUCUCGCUUUGAUUGAGGUAUCAAGCGUGAAAUGAUAUCAUGGAUAUUCCUCAUUAUGGUCUUAUUAUUAAUACGAUUUAGACGCUUGUCGUCGACUUUCUAAAAAAUAAAAGCGUGAAAUGAUAAAAUGUCAGGCAAACGUUGAGUAAUAAAUGGAUUUCAAAAUG